AUGUCUCUGGGACCUCUUCAAGAACGAGCUAGGCACCAUCCGAGAUUCGGAUUCCCCGAGACUUUAGUGUCCGACAACGGUACUCAGUUCACUUCUGCAGAUUUCCAGGAGUACCUGCAGCGAGUAGGGACCAGACACGUGAGAACAGCUCCGUAUCAUCCCAGCAGCAACGGUCUGGCAGAACGUUGCGUCCAGACGCUGAAGGGUGCACUUCGGAAGUCCAGCCGACCCACAUCACCGUCGGAGCUCGCAGACUUCCUCCUGUCGUACCGCAACACUCCGCAAGUGACUACCGCAGAGGCACCCUCUAUUUUGCUGUUGGGGAGGCGCCUCAGGACUAGGCUAGACCUCAUCAGGCCCUCCGUUGAGGAGCGGGUCGCCCGCAAACAGUUCCAGGACACCAGUCGCCGCAGGCACCGUGCAACUACCUUUAGCGAAGGACACUUCGUGCGUGUCCGAAAUUUUCGCCGCGGACCAAGGUGGUUCAGUGCUACCGUUCUCGCCCGCACCGGCCCAGUGUCGUAUCGUGUUAGUGUUGUGACCCCCCGGGGUGUGUGUGAGUGGGUGCGUCAUCGCAACCACAUAGUACGCGCUCCUGACUCUGACGACACAGUGAUCACAGCCACCGACUUCCAAGAUGAAGACGACGUCACUGCUGGCACAGACAUUAGCAGCAGCACCACCGAGCCUUUGGAACAGCCGCCGACACACCUGGAAGCCGCCGAGCAGGGUCGCCGCUACUCACUACGUCAGCGCAGACCUCCCGACCGCUACGGCACCUAAUCCUACUACGGGACAAUAAACAAGUGUGGGAGAGAUGAUAUGUCGCGCGCCUAGGCGAUAAGGCGUCACAGCUAGGCAUGCGCUGUGGUGGCGGCGCAGCGUUAUCACCUUUUGGUUGUGCUUAAAAGUGCCGGCAUUCAAGAUGGCGUGUGCUUUUCAUUACUGUAACAUUGAACCGGGCAGUUCGCCCGUUGCUGUUAAGUUGAUGGCUAAAUAAAGCCGUAUUGUUUUCG